UUCUUGGCGCUGGUAAUCGAUCGGCGCACUGUUCCACUUCAUAGUGUCAUACCUUCUGCUGCACGCUUAACAGACUGGCUGGCUGCUGUUUGUGGAGCAUGGAGGAAAAAACAAGGGAUGACAAUAGUGCCAGAGAGCAAGAAGCGCUGUCCUAUCAGAAAAGGAUGUGGAAGAAUUUUCAAGAGAGAACCAAGCCGUUUUUAAGCCCUAAACUGGGCGCCGAACGUCGGAGUGCGGACGGGAAAAAGGAGACGGGAAUAUGGAUGUUUAGGAAGAAAAAGAAGCAGGUUUUGGACCGUGUCUUUUCAUCGUCCCAGCCAAAUCUUUGCUGCUCUGCCCCAGUGCCUCUUGCCGGCGACAAGCCCCUCUGCGGUAAACCGGACCCUAGUUCCAGUCAAGGACAGGCGCUGCACCCGCUCGAAACCACGGCCGUAGAGACCGCCGCGAAAUAUGAGCUGCCGGGACAUGGAAGCCCAAAGCAUAUCGUGUCUCAUUUGGUGUUGUCCCACCAGAAAAGCUCGUCACUUGGGUCGGCUUGCUUUGAGAAAUUGGUGGUGGGUGACUCUGGCGCCGGCGGCGCAGAGGAACAGCUGCGUAAGAACGCCAGCGAUUCUGGCAUCAACAUAGUUGGACCAAGUAAUGUGUUGCCCUUGCCUGCCAAUCUGGGAAUGUACCAGCUGGACAUUGUGCUGAAGAGGGGAAAUAAUCUGGCCAUACGGGACCGGGGAGGAACAAGCGAUCCGUAUGUGAAGUUCAAGAUCGCGGGGAGGGAGGUGUUCCGCAGCCGGACGAUCAACAAGAACCUGAACCCCGUGUGGGAGGAGAGCGUGUCCCUGCUGGUGGACAACCUACAGGAGCCGCUCUACGUCAAGGUUUUUGACUAUGACUUUGGUCUUCAAGAUGACUUCAUGGGUUCGGCCUACCUGUACCUUGAAUCCCUGGAGCAUAAAAGGACCCUGGAUGUGACCUUAGAACUGAAGGAUCCCCAGUACCAGGACCAUGACCUGGGGACCCUGGAUCUGGCCAUCACAGUGCUGCCCAAAGAAGGGGACUUCAGAGAGGCAAGCAUGCUAUUGAGGAGGAGCUGGAAAAGAUCCUGUAAGCAGCCGCACCAGAGCAUGCGCCUGUCUGACGUGCACCGUAAGGCCCAGCUGUGGAGGGGCAUCGUCAGCAUCAGCCUCAUCGAGGGCCGCGACCUCCAGCCCAUGGACUCCAACGGCUUCAGCGACCCCUACGUCAAGUUCCGCCUCGGAAACCAGAAAUACAGCAGCAAGACUAUACCCAAAACCCUGAACCCCCAGUGGAGGGAGCAGUUUGACUUUCACCUGUACGAGGAGCUGGGCGGGAUCGUUGACAUCACUGUCUGGGACAAAGAUGCAGGCAAAAAGGAUGAUUUUAUGGGCAGGUGUCAGGUGGACCUGUCAGCCCUCAGUAAGGAACAGACCCACAAGUUGGACAUCCCCCUGGAGGAGGGCGAGGGCAUGCUGGUGCUGCUGGUCACGCUCACUGCCUCCGCCGCCGUCUCCAUCUCCGAGCUGUCCGUCAACAUCCUGGACGACCCCGACGAGCGCCGGGAGAUCCUCAACCGCUACAGCCUGCUGCGGUCCUUCCACAACCUGAAGGAUGUGGGCGUGGUCCAGGUGAAGGUCAUCCGCGCCGAGGGGCUGAUGGCAGCCGAUGUCACCGGCAAGAGUGACCCCUUCUGCGUUGUCGAGCUGAGCAACGACCGUCUGCUGACGCACACCGUCUACAAGAACCUCAAUCCGGAGUGGAACAAGGUCUUCACCUUCAAUGUGAAAGACAUCCAUUCAGUGCUGGAAGUCACAGUCUUCGACGAAGACCGGGACAGAAGUGCCGACUUCCUGGGAAAAGUGGCCAUCCCCUUGUUAAGAAUUCAAAAUGGUGAACGGAAAGCUUACGUCUUGAAAAACAAGGAGCUGACAGGGCCAACAAAGGGGGUCAUCUUUCUCGAAAUAGACGUGAUUUUUAAUGCUGUGAAAGCUGGUCUCAGAACCCUGAUACCGAUAGAACAGAAGUACAUUGAAGAAGAGCCCAAAGUCUCGAAACAGUUGCUGCUGCAGAACUUCAACCGGGUGAGACGCGGCGUCUUGUUCCUCAUCAACGUGGGCUGCUACAUCAACAGCUGCUUCGAGUGGGAGUCCCCCCAGAGGAGCAUCUGCGCCUUCCUGCUCUUUAUUGUGGUGGUGUGGAACUUUGAGCUCUACAUGAUUCCGCUGGUGUUGCUGCUGCCUCUGGCCUGGAACUACAUCCUGAUUGCCUCGGGGAAGGACACCAGGCUGGGCGAUGUGCAAGCACUGGAGGAUCUGCUGGAGGACGCAGAGGAGGAGUUUGACAAAGAUGACAAGGUCCCAGGUUCUUUUCCCCCCGAAGGUGCCGAUCUGCCCGCAAGCCGUAUCCUUGAGGAUAUAUUGGCUUCCUGGCACUUUGAGUGGAUACACGUGAUGGUGGACUCGAAGAGAAAGGGCUUCAUGAACAAGCUGUACGCCAUCCAGGACGUGUGCAUCAGCGUGCAGAAUGCCCUGGAUGAGGUGGCCUCCUAUGGAGAGAGGAUAAAGAACACUUUUAAUUGGACUGUGCCUUUCCUGAGCUGGCUGGCCAUCGUGGCUCUCUGUGUGGCCACUGUGGCCAUAUACGUCAUCCCCCUCAGAUACAUAGUGCUGGCCUGGGGUGUGAAUAAAUUCACCAAGAAGCUGCGUGACCCCUACACAAUCGAUAACAACGAGCUGCUGGACUUCCUCUCCAGGGUUCCUUCAGAUGUCCAAAUGGUGCAGUACCAAGAGCUGAAACUGGACCCCAGUCAGAGCCCAAAUAAAAGGAAGAAAAACAAUCCCGGGUAGGCCUCUUCCUCCGCCCUGGGACUCCUCCGCUCUCCUCGCUGAGAAGGGGGAGAGGUGGUCCGGACCAGCUUCACACACCCCACUCUUCAUUUUCUCGUUCAUUUCAUUUCAUCUUUUUUUUUCCUCCCACAGUUGUAAAUGAUGUACGAGCUCAUACAAUUUUAUCAUUGUGUAAAAGAAGAGCAGGAUAGCUUUUUAUCAUUGACAUUAUUAAUUCCGUUUGUUUGUUUACUCACGCCGGUAGGUGUGUGGGCAGGCAGGCAGGUGGGCGGGCGGGGGUACGGAAUUGGUACUUGACCCCUUUCGGAAGCGCACGAUCGAUUUUUGCGGGUCGUUGGUUUCACGGAUUUAAAAUCCCGACUUCCACCUUCCGACACCCCCCCUCCCCCUUCCGCCAUGUGACCCCCGGAAACACUCCACUGACGUCGAACGGCAGGUUCAGCCGGAAGAUUUGUGACAGGCGGGCCGUGGCGACGUUUAAUCCGCUCCCGAAAACGAGCUCGGCGGUCACAUGCCAAUUCCACCUGUCCCGGCGACACGGGGGGGUCAUUUUCCUCCUCGAGCCAAAAACGGUCUUUAAGUGAUAGCAAGUCUCACCUCUGAGGAAAAACAGGUCUGCUUACUGCUCAGUGCGUGGCACUAUUUGUCAAAUGUUCAUUAGAAUGUUAGAGUAGAAAUUUUUUUAAAGUUAAACCGAGGCCUAUGGCAUUCUACUAGCCAAAAUGACAGCGAGGUAGGGGAGAAAAACAAACAAACCCUUUUUUUUUACCCCUCAGUUAGUGACAGUCAUACCCUGUGGUCUUGGAUUGUUCUUUAUGAUUUGUCAUGCAGUAGAUGAAACCAGUUUUUCUUAAGUACAUUAUGAAAAAUAUAUAUAUUUUAAAGUAUACGUAAGGGCUCUGUUUUAGACUUUUAACUUUUAAUAACAGGCAGGCGGUUUAAAACGCCUGUAACCCACACACAAACACUUCUUUUACAAGAGCGGGCCUGGGUUUUUACAAAUGAGCUGCCAGUUCAGCUGGAGUUGAAAAAGCAGCGAUGGCCAUCACCGUGAAGCUCCAGCCGCAACGCCUCACUUGCUGUCCACUCACACAGGAAACCUUUCUUCAGCCAUUUUGAUUUCUUUCAGCUGCUUUUCUAAAAUAGCUCCGGCUCCUCUUUUAACGAGCUACCAAACGGAACAUUCCGGAAGCCGAAAUUUCCACUGGCCUUUCCAGUCCGUCUGCAUGACGACCUACGGUCUUCCCCCCCCACAGAGAAAAUAUCCAUUUUUAAAUAUGCUAGAGAAUCUCUGGUAUUUGUAAUGUGUCGUGUCUUGUAUGAAUCUCCGAAACCUCUCCCUAUUCAUUUCGGACGAAAAGGAAAUGUCACGGCUGUGAUGGAGUGCGCGGUACCGAUGGCGUCUGCGUUUUUCCUGUUGCUUAACGUGGCCUCCUCAGCCCUGACUGGAGUUGCUGCUAACCCACACCCACAGCAGCACUGCUGGGCUGGGUACAGUAGCCAGGCUCACACGCGAUCACCCCGGUUGGGUUUGAUAGAGAUGUCCCUCACCGAGAGAGAGAGAGCGAGAGAGAGAGAGAGGCGGCAAGCUCGGCAAUCUCGUUUCAAAAAAGCCGCCGUCCUUGUUGCUCGCCCCCCCCCGGUGCGCGCGUGGGGGCACUGGACAGCAGGCUCCGGCCCUCCGCCACUCACCCGGGGGACAGCGCCAUCAGGGCCAGCCCCACCUCGCGUCCCCCAAAUAAACCCAACUUCGAUCUGCUCUUUUGAGAAAACGUUCGCGUGCCUGGGAGCGCUCGCUCUCUCCGAGCCGCCCCUUUGCCGCCGCGUUCAACGGCGGUUCUUCGGUCGCCACGGAAACCGCCGGGGCGGUGAACCGCGUCAUGAAGACCGGGUUUUUAUUUCUUUCUUUUUGGCGUGGGGACAGAGACGGACAGAAGGACAAAACGGACGGACCGUGAGAGAACGCCCCAGCCGCGGUUCAGCGGGCAGAGGAGCGGGCCUGUUGUUCUGGAGGAUUCCGGGCCCCGCUUUUUCCAUCCCUCUCUCCCUCUCUCUCCAUCUCUCCGUUUGUUCUUCUGUUGCUCUUCCCUUUCAUGUGCCCGCGAGCGAGGUCAGGCCGCAGUCUGCGGAGGUCUCUCUGGGGUUUCGCUGGGAGCAUCUGUGGAAAGAUCACAGCGCAAAGCUGCAGGAGAGGACCGUCCCACAGCUUCCUGCGCUUCCCAGACAGAGAGAGAGAAAUGGGAAAAGCAGGGCCCUUUGGCCCUCUUGCAUUACAUCUGCAAACACGCAGUAAAGCGGACACUGCUUUGAAGAGCACCUACCCCCCUGCCCCCUGCCCCCUCCCACCCCCCCACCCCCACCCCCAAAAUGAUCCCUAGAAGACAAAGAAAACAAAAAAAAAAAUUACCCCCUCCAGGUUACGUACUAUUUUCCUACUUCUUGAAAGGGACGCAUUUGAACUUGAAUGUGUGUCUGUCUGUAUGUAUGUAUUUAUUUUCAGUCAAUGUUCGAUGGGUGUACUGUGUCGUCUUGCAUCCGAAUGCUUGUUUUUCUUUUUUAAACGUAUGCUAUGUUUGCAAGCAAACCAAAGUGGGAACUUUGAUUU